UGUGUGUAAAAUGAAAAUUGUAAAUUGUUAAGUUAUUUGUUCAUCGUUAAUAUUUCGGCAUUUUACAAGGAAAUUGUUUGAAACACCACAACACCGAGUAAUCCUCGGUCGAACACGCGCCGCGCAUGGCCUUACAAUAAACGCGCUUCGAUCAAAAUUUUGGGCAGCGCAAGUGUCCGUGCCCCAUACAAAUUCUACGCAUAAUUUCGCCAAAAAAGUGACCAACGGCAGCAGCAGCACUUGCGCGCAUAUCACACCCGCCGCCCCACAACCCUAAAUUGCCAGCUUAACAACAAUUGGCAAUGCCUGCUACGUUGCAAUUAUUAUAGUUGCUGAUGGUUUGCUAAUCCGAGUUGAGUGCAAGUGCAAAAAAAAUUGAGCUAACACCACCAAGUGUCUUAUUUUGGGCUUUCGCCGCUUUCCGCACAAUCACACCCACAAUAACAAAGACAUAUCUAGCCAGGCCUGGUUUAAACGCCAGUCCAGAAUUUCUUAACGCAUCAAAAACAACAAUUGCUAAAACAACAACUAUAGUCAUUGAAGCAACAAUCUCAGCGAGUGACGCGCUUCAAGAUGGCCAUACCGCCUCCCCCUGGACCACCACCGCCGCCAGGACCGCCUCCGCCGCCUGCCAUGGGCGGUCUAAAGUUGGGUGGUAGUGGCGGUGGUGCUGAUGUUCGCUCUGCCCUUCUCAGCUCCAUACAGAAGGGUACCAAGCUGCGCAAGACCACGACCGUGGACAAAAGUGGACCAGCGCUGUCGGGCCGCGUGUGUGGAGCCGAGGGCGGCAAAGGUACGACGACGGCGCCCAAACGCACCGUCAAUAAUAACACGAGCAGUAACAACAACAACAAUAGCAUUGGCACUGGCAAUGGUGGGUCCAAAUUGGGCGGCCUAUUCGAAGGCCUGUCCGAGAUGCCAAGACUGAAGCCCGUGAAUGGCUGUCGCGCGCCCGCAGCAGCAGCCACAACAACAACAACGAAUCACACAACGAACGCAGCGCGCAGUAAUAGCCCCCCCACCGCUGUGAGCAACAGCAGCUCUAGCAGCAAUGGUCCCAUGGACUUUAACACUGAGCUCACCAAGCAUUUAACAUUGAAGCGUCAAAAGCAGCAGCAACAACAGCAACAACAACAACAACAAACAUCUAGCACACAUAUCAAUGCAACCGAAGCAAAUUUGAGAACAAAUCGUGGGCCACCACCGCAGCCACCAAAGCAAAACUCCAGCGAUUCGAUAUUGGACCGCAUGAACAUUUCCCGCACGGAGCCCACGAACACAACAGCCACAGCCAAAUCCGCAUCGCCCACGCUUUCGGAGAGCGGUAGCAGCACGAGCAUUAGUAGCGGCAGCGUCCGAAGCAAAGCGGCCAAUCUAAAUAUCUCGUUAGGCAAUAAUUUUGUAAAUAGUUCGAUUUCAAAAACUACAACCACAACAACAACAUCAACAUCUACCAAAACCGCAUUAUCCCCAAGCAAACGCGAUUCCUCAGCGACGGGCUCGCUGCGCAAUUUGGCGCCCAAUAAGUCAACGCUUUUCGGUAGUGGUGGAGGUGGUGUUAGCGGUGGCGGUAGCGGUAGCGGUGGUGCAAAUGCUAAUGUUUUAGAGCAAAAAUCGCCCUCGCUCUCGCCCACGCUGGCCAAGCAACAGCAACAGCCACAGCAGCAGCAACAGCAACAACAACAACAAAAACUAGAAGCACAACAGAAGCCGGCCAUCAACUUUGGCAAGCCUAACUUUGCGCCCAAGCCACCGGGCCUGUCCCUGGCUAAUGGGCAGCAGCGUCCGGCGGUUGCACGACAUCACAGCAUGAAAUCGCCCAGAUCUCCACCCGUGUCCAAUAUUGGCAAUGGAGGCGUCUUUUCAAAUCAACAUUUCGGCACAAUGCGCGCCCCUCUUCAAUCGCAGCUGCAUUUCCAAUCGAACGAGACCAUUAGCAACAUGCGUACAGCACCCAAUCCGCCAAAGAAUCGGCCAUCGGUUAAACCACCGCCACCACCUACGCCGGCGCGCAGCGUUUCAAACAGCAAUUUGAGCAGCAUCGCCGCGCCGUUUAGCGCCAUCAACACAACCCUGGUGCAGGCCGUGGGCAGCGCAACGACCCAAGCGCCCUCGCCGCCCAUCACCCAACCGCCCUCCAAUUCUUCCUCGACGAGCAGCGUGGCCGCCUUGCGUGAUCAGUUCCGGGUAGGCAGCAUAGCGACGCCAACGACACCGCCGCCACCACCGUCGGCGCUGAGCGCCAGAAGUAACAGCAGCAGCACAACGACAACGCACAGCUCGCCACAGCUGCUCAAGUCAAGCAAGUCAUCUUCAUCAUCAGUGCGCGAUAAGGCACCCAAUCCCAUCAUAUUGAAUGGCGGUCCAGUAAAUCCGCUGCCACUGCCUCCGCAUCGUACAUGCCCCCCGCCUCCGCCACAACGCCAAGCGAGCAAUCGCAAGGUUCCCCCGAAAUCAUGUCCCAGUGCGAUUGUGAAGCGCUGGUUGUGUAAGAAACUUUAUAAGGUGCGCCAGCUGUGCGAACGCGAGCAAAUUCACAGAAGCCAGCUCAAGGUUAUCAAAAUGCUGAUGCUUAACUACAAGCGCAAUGCUGGCUCGCAACAGGCCCCCGUGCCGCCCCAACGACACUCCUCGAUACGAGCUAAUGCGCCAUUGACGCCACCCACGCAGAUGGCCAAUGCUGCCCACAAUUUUGGCAGCAACAGUGGCCUGGCAAACACAACAAGUUCCGCCUCAACAGGGGCAGGGGCGGGUGGAGCAGGAACAGGAUCAGGAGCAGCAACAGCGAAUGCAGUGGGUCGUCUGGUCAUUGAUUUGGAAACGAAAUUCGGCAAAUGUUUUCACAAUGUUACGGAAUUUCCCAAGCCGCCUCCUUUUCUAAAUUUACAAAAAGCCUAUCCUAGUCGCACGCUAAGGGCAACCAAUGCAUUUCCUUUUUUUGCAGGGUAUAUUUCAUAUUGAGAAGCUCAAAUUUGAAUCUAAAUUAAUUGUUAAUUUUACGUAAAAUGCAAGCCAUUCAAUAUAAGGAUAUUGAGGACGAUGCUCGGCCUAUUUGCCUACUAUGUUACAUCUGAAAACUUUUAGCGAUAACUAUUUUAUUAAUGUUGUACAUUAUAUUUGUUCCCUUAUUGUUUUUAUUUUAAAUCUAUCAAGUUUUCGAUAAUGUUCACCUUCUAAUGAAAUAAUAAAUAAAUAAAAAAUCGGUAAAGCCUUAUUGAAUUUUUGAAUAAUAUGAGCUUACGUAAUGAAAUAUACCUUAUAAAUUUUACAAUUAUACAAAUUAAAUAAAGAACUCAAAUUUUCUAAAACAUGUCGAACCAUGUAGGCCCAUAGAGGCGAUCCUUCUCGCUAGGUCAGUUAGCAUCAGUUAUUGAUAUGCACACGUUGGCAAUUUAUAACUUGAUUCGUUCAUUUUUUUUGGUAAAAUUUAUCUAAUUUAUUAUACUGUAGAUAAAUGUUACCAUUCAUUUCUAAGUCAGUGAAUCUCUAUGCACACAUUAACACAGAAAAAAGAAAUGGACAACAUAAUUGAAGGACAAUGUUAAAUGUUUUCUAAACAUAUUCCCUUGCAAGAAUUGUGAAUCCUGUCGUCUUCCUUUGCGCACAAGGCUACAACAAUAUAAGAGCAUACAUAAAAGCAAUUAUAGUAGAUGACGGCUAUAGAAGAGGCAAGAUCAUCAUCUAAAAAUGUUUAGAUCAUAUAGCCGAUAUCUACUGUACAAACAAACAUAAAUAUAUUAAACAAAAACGCGAUUUUACGUGUUCCUGUCAAAGUUACGUUUCGAUUGUUGGAGAGUUUGAAAAAAAAAAAACUAAAAGAAGGGGCCCGUGCCGGUUUUAAUACAGCUGGAUUAACAUCUAAAUCGUAUGCGGUAAACUGAAUCUAAUCAAAUAAAAAGAAACUAUUGUGAAAAGAAUGGUAAAGGAACGGACUAUGAGUUAGAAAUGCUAUUGACUUUAACAGCAACAUGAAAAACCGAGUUCUAAAGUUGUAUAUAUAUUAAACGCAAUUAUUUAAAUUCUAAUUAGCGCACUUUAAGUUUAGUGAAAUUAAAUAAUUACUAACGUAAUGCAACAUUAGGGUAGCUAAGACCCUUAAAUCCCAUUUCAUAUGGGUGUACAAGUAUGUACAUACAUACGAGUAUAAGUGUGUAUUUGUAUAUGAACAAUAUGUGGGCAUCGUCUCUCUAACUAGACUGAAAACUUAUGCGAUUUGUAACCAAUGUUAACCUUAAAGCCGCAUUCAAAUAUUUAUAGUAGCCAAUAGUCAAUAGCCAAUGUCGUACACACAUAUGUACAUUCUACAAGUACGUACUAUCUACAUCCAAAUAGAGAGCACAAAAAUAUUAACUACCAAGGCACGAGGACAAUUAUACGUAUAUCUUUGCUAUUUUUAGUUAGCAAUAAGCCCACAGAAUAGCUUGGAACUUGACACACUUCAACUACAUGAAUGAGAAUUGAGAUAAAUGGGAUAUUUAAUAACACCAAUAUUUGUUUUCAAAAGUGUCUUGCAAUAUUCGCUGCAAAAAGUAGUAUAUGGAUAUUUUCCAAUUUGUAUCCUAUAUUUGCGAGUGAAACUCUCACACUUUGCAACGAUUAGGAGGAUUGUUAUGGUUCAAACGAGAUUCCGAUGUGGAGAUAUUUUAGUGCUUGGUGCCCACCAACAACUGUCACAAACAAGUAGCCCCAAAUAUACACACAAUUGCAACAUUUCACAUUUUCAUCUAUUGGUAUUGAUCUUAUUUGUUUAAUAGAAAAUCGUUGAUCAGUAUUUUGUGAUAAUUUGUAACUAUUCUGAAACAAUUUUAAACGUAAAUCAUAUGUUAAAAGUUUGGCAAUAUCUUAAAUAACAAUAAUAUUCAUUAACAAAUAAAAUCAUUGUUUCAUAAGAGACCACUUUGUUGUUACUAUUGUAUUGUAGUUUUUUCUAUACGGCAUUUUUCGAAGCCAUUAUCGUGUCAUGCAGCGCUAUUCGUUGAUGAAAAUGUAACACAAAUCUUUACAAAAUUCAUUGUCGUUAUCAUAUUGUAUUGUAAUUACAAAACGUGUAUAAAUAAAUUAAAACGCUAAAACAA